CUUUCUUCUUUCCCGUGAAACAUCCAUCAGUUUUUAAUUUCAUAUCAGCAAAAAUACUCACUGAAAUUCAUUAUCGCCGCUGCGCCAUCGUCGUCGCCGAGCCUCUGCUGCGCCGCCGACAACCUGCUCGCCGCUGCGCCUUCUGCCCAGACCUUAGGGCAUCGAUUUUGCUCGUCUUUGCUGCAACAUGUGGUCUCGCCCCAAUCGUAGAAGCCAACGUUUUUAUUGAAGUAGCUGAACAAGGGGAGUCGAAUUUCUAAAUAACACCAAUCUCAUUGUUCUACAAUUCCAGAAAUCUGUUGCGCCACGAUAUCCCGCCGCUGCUGCGCCACCAAUAUACCGCAGGCCGCUGUGGCACCGUCGUUAUCGUUGAGCCGCCGAUUUCAGCUGCCGUUUUGGGUGGUGGUGUUUUGUUAAAUUGUGAGAGGAAUUUCAGCAGUGUUUAUCUAUCCACCUGGAAGAUAAUCGACAAGAAAGAGAUAAGCUUCAACGGUUCAUAAUGGAUAAAAGUUGGAUGCAAAAACAUAGACUAUCUACUGAAUAUAAAAAUGGCAUGAAUCAUUUUCUUGAUAUGGCUUUCAUAAUGUAAGUCUCCGCGGAAAAAUCAUAUGCCCAUGCAAACACUGCAAGAACUCAAAGUGGGUAAACAGAGAAGUAGCAGAAGAACAUUUGACAGUUGACGGGUUUAUGAAAGGUUAUACAAAUUGGACUGCACAUGGGGAGGGAACUUCGUUUAAUCCCACUACUUCUCAAGAAGAAGAUUCUUUUGUUAUGUCAGACGACAUGCAUGAUUUGAUUUAUGAUGCAUUUGGGGGCAAUAAUAUAGAUGAAAAUAUAAUAGAUGAACCGAAUGAACAAGCUAAGGCUUUCUUUAAGUUGAUAGAUGAUGCUCAACAUGAACUAUAUCCGGGGUGCAAGCAAUUUUCAAAGUUAAAGUUCAUCAUUAGACUCUUUCAUCUUAAAGUUAUUGGGAAAUGGUCUAACAAAUCAUUCACAAUGCUUCUUGAAUUAUUGAAAGAGGUAUUUCCAGAUUUGACUCAGUCAUUACCCACAUCUUUCUAUGAGGUACGCAAGAUAAUUGGAGAAUUGGGAUUGAGUUAUGCUAAGAUAGAUGCAUGCCCUAAUGAUUGCAUGUUGUAUUGGAAAGAGCACGAGAAUGACACUUUAUGUCGUGUGUGCAAUACACCCAGAUAUGUUGAAACUGAAACAAAUUCAUCAAGUGAGGAUGAUUUGUCUUUAAAGCGCAAAAAAGUGUCAGCAAAGGAAAUGAGAGGUCCUAGAAGCAUUGAGAUAUGGAAGAUGGGAGCUGUGAAUUAUUUGGAGGCACUUAAGCUGCAAGAGAAAUUGACAUCUGAUAGAAAAACACACAAGAUCAAAGACACCCUGCUGUCCCUACAGCAUCCACCCACAUUUACUCUUGGCAAAAGGCGCACUGUUCAUAACGUAUUGGUUUCCGAGGCUGAACUCAAAGCAAUGGGGGCAGAGCUUCACUAUACAGAAAGAGGAGGCGACGUUACAUUUCAUGGUCCUCAUCAGGCUGUUUUGUACCCCAUCAUCUCUUUGAGAGAUAUCCGAAUAGGGGCCAGAAAAUACGUGGAGAAUCUUGAAUCGACAAUGAUUGAGUUGGCAUCUCUAUACGGUGUCAAAGCUCGUGCUGGACACACAGGUGAAACGGGGGUUUGGGUUGGUCACAGAAAGAUUGGCGCAAUUGGGGUUCGCAUAUCUUCUGGAAUUACAUCCCAUGGUUUGGCAUUCAACAUCGAUCCCGACUUGAACUACUUCAAACAUAUCGUGCCAUGCGGAAUAGCAGAUAAAGAAGUCACAUCUUUGCAAAAAGAGGUGGGGAAGGUGCUUCCUUCUGAACAAGUGAUUCAUGAGCAAUUGAUUUCAUCUUUUGUUAAAGUAUUUGGCUACACUGAUGUUACUUGGAGGGAUAAAACCUCAGAUGAUAAAGAAUGAAUUGCACUACUUUCUUCAUCAUUAUUCAAGGUAUGCAUUCUUUCUUUCCGUUGA